CGCGUCUUAUUCCGGAUCGAAAUUUAGACGCAAUUACAGGUAUACAGGUAUGAAAGGCGAUUUCCUGGUUUGAAGAUCUGGAACAAAUUGAAUGAAUUCCCUGUUUUUAAUCCUCAUUCUCCAAGGUCUUCCAGCGAUAUGCUGGGGCCUGGAGUGCUAUGUGUGUUCAGCCCAGGCUAACAACGUAGAUAAAUGUGUGAAAACCACUAUACAAUGUAGAGAAACUCAGGAUGCAUGCCGUACACAGAUCAUGUGGAAGCAGCCUGAAUUUUGGCAGCCACGAAGUGAACGCUACCAUUACAUAUCCAAGUCCUGUGACAAGAAAGACAGAUGUGAAGCAGAGAGUGCCAGUAAAGGGCUCAAGUGUAUGAGGGAUUGGUACCGAGACUGGCACUGUAUUGAAUGUUGUCAGGGCGACAGAUGUAACUACUACACAACGCUUGGAGCUGGGACAACACAAAUCAGUUCGACCUUGAUGGUAGUUGUUUUAGUGGCACAGUUUUUCUUCCGGAUGAGAUGAGGAGAAAAAUUCUACAUUCAUCAAUAUCAACUUAAUCUGGAUACAGGAAGUCAAAAUUAUAAAAUGUAUAUUGGUAUUAAAUUGAAAUGUUGGCCCAUGAAGGAGUUAUUUCCCUUUGAACAUAGAUCUAUUGACAGCUAAAAUUAUCAAUAUACUGUCCCUGUAAAUAUUUUGCCGACAAAUUUCAAAACAUUUUUCCAAGUUUAUUUUUAUACAAUAUUUUAAUAAUAAAUGAAAUGUGAAUUUAGAAAAUUCUUGAAUAUUCUGUGUGUAAAUUCUGGAAUUUUUUCGAGGUUUAUCUUUUUGUCAUCUGAUGUUUUUAUCGUAGAGAACUGAAUGGUGAGAUAAUUUACACAGAACACAGUGCCACCUAGUGAUGAGCUCAAUGAUACACAGAUCUUAUGUAGCAUUUCCUUUGUAUAUUGUAUGUAUAUAAGACUUUCCAUUUUCAUCUAUAAAUAUCCAUCAUGUAUGUUUCAUUGAAAUGUUCAUAAAGAAUAUUUUUGUAAUUUUUUUUAAUCCUUAACAUUCUAAAUACAUGCCGAAUUAUAGUUAACAUCAUGUUACUUAACAUUCCUAAACUCUUUCUCAGGAACUUUGUUGAUGACCAUCCAUUUCUACUCAGCAAACACAGCAGAAAUUGAAUAAAUUUAGUGUAAUACUGCAAAAAAUUAGAUAAGUUCAGUAUCAGAAAAUGUAAUUUAUCAUCAGAAAAUGUAAUGAAUUUAGUAUGUUACAAGAGAAAAGGAAAUGAAUUAGGUAGACUAGUUUAGGACUCGCACAAUUACAAAUAGAUAAUUUACUGUGUUAUUACUAGUUACCCCAUCCCUUUAUUCACUAGUGAAGUUCAAAUGAUGUGAAAUUUAUAUCAAAUUAAAGUUUGAAGUUUUUUCUAUUGGACAAAUAUUGUUAUUGUUUAGGUUUAAUGGCAUAUGAGCUCACGGAUACUCGAAAGACAGUAACCCUAACAGUUACAGUGCACUGGGGAAUUCCCGCCUUUUUACACCUCGAAUCCAUACGUCGUUCUAUUUUCAGUCGGAGUCGGGGAUUUUACUACAAUUUUUCAACUGGGUCCAGGGUACAUUGAAUUAGGAAUUUCUAUGCCACAAAAUGUGACAUUAGGAAAAACAAAAAAUAGUGAAAUUCAUACAAAUUUCAGGUUUUCUUUCAUAAAUAUUGCCUUCAUAUUAUUAUUGAUUUCAUUUUUGUUUUCUAUAGCUGUUUUUUUUUAUUUUUCAAAGGUACCUUUACGUCUUUGUAGAUAAAACUUACUUUAUUAUUCAAAAGUUACUUCAAAAUUGAGAAUUGUUCUUUGGAAAUGAGUCCUUUUAACAGUCCUUAUUUCUAUUGUAGGAAAAUCCCUGUGGGUUGUAUAUUUUUGAUUUUCUAAAUCUGAAGACCCUACUCUUUAUUCUGGUAUAUGGAAAGUACCCAUUUCAUAUGUUAUUUACUCGGGAAAACAGCUACAAACCUAAGAAACACAUUUUCCUCAGGGAAUUGGGUUUAGGUGAAACACCAGCUGAUUGGCUGAUUUAGUUGUGCGAGUCCUUUAAAUAAUUGAAGGAUAAAAAGACAGCUCUGUUACGCUCUCUAUGUCCAUUGAGCAUCUCACCUGUAUUAUAGUCAUUUAUAUCAAAUCAUAGCUCUAUAACAAGUCCUUGUAAAUAUCACUCAUUAUCUAGAAAUGGAUUUUUAUGAUUAUGCAAUAAAAUUAAUUUGAUAUGAUCAA